AUGCGGGUUAGCGCACUCGCGGGCUCCGCGAAGUCCCGUGCACCCACCAUCCUGAAGUCGCGGCGCCGCCGCCCCGCACCGUUCGCGGUCUCCAUGGCGACCAGCUCAAAUGACGUAUCGAUCCUGCGACGGGCGGGGGGCGCCGAGGCUCGCGGGGUGGCACCGCUCCACCCGCUGUUCCCCCUUACACCCCUGCCACUGCCUCUCGACCGUUGGCCCAUGCAAAAUGACGGAUGUAAAGUUUGGAUACACCUCCUUGGAAGGAAAUGA